AUGUCAUUACAUACAGUCGUUAUAGAUCGCAAAUUAAAACCAAAGAAAACGAAGUUUUCAUCAAUUCAAUCAAAAACAUCGGUGAAAGAAUAUUGGUUAAAUAAUAUAAAGCAAGAAGAUAAUCAGUUAUUUCGUCAAUCAACAGAGAAAUAUGAAUCAUUAUAUACAAUUGUUAAUGGUCCACAUACGAAUCUAUCUUCGAAUGCCAUUCUUGAAUCAUUUCUUUGGGCUUAUUAUCGACAUCAUGACAUAGUUCUUUCACCUGAUGAUAUGUGGUUAUUAGUAUGUAUGUUUUUUGCUCAACAUGUCAAUGAAAAUGCUGAACAACUUCGAUCAAACUUUGUUGAACAUAAUAAAGGAACAAUGACAUUAACUACAAAUAAUUUCGAUGAUAAAUAUGACUGGAAUGAAUUUUAUGAUCAAAUGAAAAAAGAAAUUGUAAAAAAUACAAAGAAUAAUAUUUGUCAAUUACUAACAGCUGAUUUUUCUACAACUGGAAAAGUCGAAUCAAUUCUUUCAACUGCAUGUAUUAUGAAUACAUUUAAAUUUUACUUUGAAUAUCAACGUGAAAUAUGCAUUUGUGGAAUUCGACACGUACAUUUCAUGGGUACAUUAAAUGAUUGGCAAUCACUUCGUAUUAAAACUGAACAACUGAAAUUAUUUACAGAUGAGAAGUUUCAUGGAUAUUUGAUUGGUGUAUUGUCAAUUUUCGAUCAAUUUAUCGAAACCUACAAAGGUAAUGUCAAUGGCGAGUUUUGGAUUAAAGUAUGUGAUAUUAAACGAAAUAAAAUAGUGGAAAAUAAUACAUGCACACCCUUGCGGCCGUCCUUAUUUCAAAAACGUAUACUCACUCAAAAGCUUACUGGAUGGAUAGUACAUUUGUUUGGUUUGGAAGAACUCACAAUUAACCGUACCAAUGAUUCAGAUUUGCCCUGCAUUAAUGCACCAGUAAAAUUGAGAGAUCAAAGAAAAGGUACAGUCGACCAAUGUCAGAUUGUUGGGGGAUUUCAUGGAAUCUAUGCGACAGAAAAUCGUUACAAACCUGUAAUGAGUGUGUCAGUUAUUCAGACGAUCAAGUGA